CGCGAGUCUUAUGGUGGUAAGGGUACAAGAAAAGCAGCUAGCGAGAGGAUUACAGUCAUUUUUUAAAAGCGUGGCCAGAUUUUUACCCAAAAAAUAUGCCGGUGUUUUUUCAUGUCAUACCACAGAGUCGUUACUCAGACUUUUGACUGACUCUUGGCAAAGCUGACUGACACCCACUUCCUGUUGUAUUGGUUGAGAACUAGUCAUGGUGGUGAAGAAGAAAGCUCCCAAAGUGGAGGCUGUGGCCUUCGAUGGUGCCAAGCUGGAGAGCCUGAGGGCUUCCCUGUCUGUAGAUGGAGACAGUGGCUCCAGGCAGCUUGCCCAGACGCUGAAGGACUGUUUGGCCUCCACUGAUCCGGUUCAACAGAUCCAGCUGGUAUCCGAGGCAGGUUCCAUGCUGGAGCGUUUCGAGGGUCAGAAUGAGUCGGCUCCAGAUGCCUUACUCUUGGCUUGCCUGAACACUAUGGGAGACAUAUACAUCACACUGCAGGCUAAAAACCCACUGAAGAGGGCCAUUGCCAGUGCUCUGAGUAAUGUUCCAGACUGGCUGCAGGAGAAGGCUGUGUGCAUUCUGUCUGCAUGUUUGUCUGCUUCCCUGUCCUCUUUGGGCUCUGAGCAUUACUCUCAUCUCAUAGACUGCAUCACAUCCUGUCUGGAUGCUUUCCCCAUUGGAGAGAGCUGUAUUCAUCACCUGCUAACAGAAGUUCUCCAGUUCUUCAAGAAGGCUGUGAGUGAAUAUUUAGAGCUUAGCAGAGGUUUAGUUGGUCGGCAUGUAGCCCAGGCACAGCUUAUGCAGUCAUGUCUGGCCGUGAUCAAAGCCUCUAUGCUGGUGGUUCAGAGAUCUCAGGAUGUCAUCAGUGCCGCUUUCCUGGAAACUGCAAUGACCAGCACUCUACAGGAAGCAUUCAGUGGACUUCUACAGUGUUAUACACUCAUCCUUACUGAUGAGGAGUUCAUACAGACAGUGCAGAGCACAGCUGGAAUGGCUGUAGUAUUGCUCAUAAGAUCCGUGAUGGGAAAUGGAGAUGAUACGGCCGACACUGUGGCAAGUCUAUUGAAGUCCUCAGAACAGGAAGGAAGCAGUGCACCCCAGUGGCUGAUGAAGAGCUAUGCAGGCCUGUAUGUGAGCAGCAGGCCAGCAGCAGUGGCUCUGUAUUUGAGCCAUGGAGCCCUGGCCAUGCUUAACUGGAGAGGAAGGGCACUAGGGUCACAGGCUGAGAAACUACUGCUCCUCAUACCUGAUGUAAUUCUGUCUCUGGAUACAAGGGUAAAAGAGUCCAGUACUGCUAUGGUGGUGGCUCGUGUCCUAACCCUGUGGAGCAGCGCUGCUGUGGACUGUCUACGGACUGACUGCCCUCCACCUCUCCUCCAUCUGUCCCUCCAUGGCAGCUUUCCACUUCCUUCGCGCCUCCUUCACCACAUCUACACACACUGGGAACAUCCACUGGAUGGCGUCCGCCACCAGACCCGCACCCUCUUCUGUAACCUACUGUUGCUCCAUCAGCACUGUAGCGAUCAUGCUGACCCGACCAGCGACCCUUAUGUGACUGAGCUAGCUCAGAGCCUGCUGGUUUUGGAGUGGCAUGUGAAGGGAAAGUACAGUGCGCUGGCUUGUCUGACUGACCACUUAGGAGCCGAAUACCUACUCAAGCUUGAUGCCACUUUGCCAUCCAGGCUUUUAGGCCUUAUGGGGGAUCAGACACUAGCGCCAUAUGCUAGUGAGCUGCUAGAGAGACUCUUUGUUAGUCAUAAGACUCAGCUGUGUGACCGGCAAGGGGAUGGGCAUGGCUGGAUAGAUGACUGGCACAGGACCUGGGUAAUGCCUCUCCUAGAGGUGUUUUGCACAGCCAGGCUCGAUCAGACCACAUACAUUCUAGACUACUUCCUGCCAAAACUGUUGCGUUGCAGCCCUGCUAGUUUAGGACACAUGGUGCAGGUGCUGCAGGAGAUGCCAUCUUGUUUAGAAGGCUCUACGGGUAGCAGAGGAGCGCUGGGUGCUCUGAUGACGUGUCUGCGUGCAGCCAGGUCUCAAGGGGUGCUCAUGCCUGCAGGUGAACAACUGUGGGGGGGCCUGGUGCCACUCCAGCUACUGCAGCAGGCUCUGGUGCACAAGCAUGACCAGGUGCGCAUGGAUGCUCUUGGGUUGGUGUGUGAGAGCCAUCGCAGCACAGAAACCCUUUCCACAGAAGAAAUGGAACUGAUCCGGCACUUCCUGCUCAGCAACCUGAACAGCCAGUCCCCUGGAGUCAGACAGCAGACGGUCAGCCUGCUCAAAAAGUUGCUGUGUAGGGUGAAAGACAGCGCUCAGUCCUUUCGGAGGAGACUCGCCCAGGAGAGAGACCAGCAACAAAGGGAGAGAGACCAGUUAGUCCUCAACACGUAUAAGGAGUUCCUUUGCUGGUUCUGUGAGAGACUGUUCCAGGUGCUGCAGCCUGGAGCCUCUUUCUCCAGUUGUCUGCUGACUCUGCAGUUGCUUGGACUCGUGGCUGAUCACUUUUCUUUCAGCAUGGACUCUGAGGGCUUUGCUCUGGGAGAGUGUGUGACUGUUCCGCAUGCUCAGGCUGUUCUCUACUGCUUGGCCAGCAACUUCCUGGAGGUGAAACAGCUGGCCUGCACCCUGCUGCAGAAACUGCCUCCUGCAACAGUGGGCUUACAGGAGCCGGAGAGGCUGCGGUCAGUCCUUCAAGCUGCUCUGGACCUCAGCACCAGCACCAAGCCUUUCGACAGUGUCACGGCUGCCCACCUGCUCAAUCUACUUCUGCACCAAGAGGGUCUCCAGCAGGCCCUGCUUCACUGUGCCCAAGAACAAAGCAUCACUUUACAGCUCCCAGCACAAAUCCAGCCACAGGCUUCUGAGGUCACUGUCCUGGAGAAGAAUAGACUGGCAGUGAUCCUGUUCCUGAUGGCGUGUCUGAAGGCUGAGGUUGCAUUGGCUGAGAUGUCUCUACUGCAGGCUGCUGCCUCCUGUCCUUUAUAUGGGAGAGCCCACUGUAUUACUGCAGCCCUGCAGCAGCUUAGUACUGGGUCUCUCCAGCUGCUAGCUGAAUGGAGGAAUGUAGUGACGGACCUCAUUGCGCUGUGCUAUAGGAUGUCUGAUGUGGUGUCACCAGUUGUCCAGAGCUCCUCCCCAGAGGGUCUUAUACCCAUGGAUACGGAUUCUGAAACAUCUGCUGGCCUUCAGCGGAUCCUCCGCGAGAUCCAGCCUCGUGACACCAAUGACUUCUUCACCAGUGCCCGAGAACUGGAUGCAACCUCUGAGGAGCAGAAACUCACCUUUCAGACCAAUAGCACUGGGCUGGGUGGUGAGGCCUAUCGGGUCACUGCUCAGAUGGUGCUGGUCUGCUGCUGGAGGAGUAUGAAAGAAGUGUCCAUGCUCCUGGGGGAGCUGUGUCAGAGCAUGCCUCUACACACACCAGCCCACAUAGGUCUCAUCACUGAGGAGCAGAUGGAAGGCGUAGGUCAGUACUUCCAGGAGCAGCUGCUUCAGUCACGGCACAGGGGGGCUUUUGAACUGGCCUACGUGGGCUUUGUGAGGCUGACAGACACGCUGUGCAGGAGCGGCAGUGCCACUCUGCAGCAGCUACCAGCUCAGUGGUUAAAGGAGGUUCUGGAGGAGGUUAAAUGCAGUGACCCUUCUUCUAAACUGUGUGCCACCCGCCGCAGCGCUGGAAUCCCCUUCUACAUCCAGGCUUUACUGUCCUCUGAGCCGAAGUCGUCCAGCUGUAGCCUGCUGAAGAUGACCAUGAGGGAGCUGACUGCCCUGGCCAUGCCAAGUCAUGAUGGCGCUACUGAGCACAGCACUGUCCCGCAGGUUCAUGCUCUGAACAUCCUGAGAGCUCUGUAUCGGGACACGCAUUUGGGGGAGAACAUCAUGCCCUUUGUGUCGGAGGGCAUGAAAGCUGCAGUGCUUGGCUUUACCUCUCCUAUUUGGGCUGUGAGGAAUUCCUCCACUCUCCUCUUCAGUACUCUGAUCACUCGGAUAUUUGGAGUGAAGAGAGGAAAGGAUGAGCAUUCCAAAAAGAACAGAAUGACAGGCCGGGAGUUCUUCACUCGUUUUCCUGCCCUCUAUCCUUUCCUCCUCAGCCAGCUGGAGGAAGCAGCAAGUUCAGUGGACAGUGACUCCGGACAGGUGAAGCUGCACCCCAGUCUGUUCCUGCUGCUGUUGGUGUUGGGGCGUCUCUACCCGUCACCGAUGGACGGAUCCUCCUCCCCUCUUGGACUGGCCCCAUUCAUGCCCUUUAUUAUUAGCUGUGCUCGUUCUGCUGUGUAUCGCACUCGGGAAAUGGCUGCUAGAGCUUUGGUUCCCUUUGUUCUGGUCACUCAAGUUCCUUCCACCACCCAGACCCUACUGGAGAGCCUGCCUCGAGAACCUGGGCCAGGAACUCAGCAGAACCACAUCCAUGGAACCCUGCUACAGGUGCUCUUCCUGCUGCGUUCUUACCUCACAGACACUCAUCGCCCCCAGACACCAAAAGGAGACCAAGACAGUGACAUCAUAGGAGCCCUCAGGCCAAGACUGUGGCUGGGCACAAGACGGAACCCCUGUUUGGUGACUAGAGGGACAAUGGUGGACCUGCUGGCUGAUAUGUGUACCUUUCUCUGUGCUCCUGCUGAAGAUUCCCAAGUGACGACACUGCGGAAAGAAACCCUAGCCAUUCUUCUGGACUCUGAGCUAGUGGCCCCUCGUGGCCUUGAGGAAGAGCUGCUUUCAGGCCCCGGGGCCACACAGUAUCUACAGAGCCUGGCUCGCUUAGCAACCAUUGUCGCCAUGGAGUCAGCUGGUGUGUGGGGGACUCAGGAGGCAGACAGGAUGCAAAAGGACCUCUUGCAGCGCCUACUGCAGUGCCCUCAUUAUGAAGUAAGGCAGCUGGCUCUGGAGAAGCUGUUGGAGAGAUUUGAGAAAGACCGGGAGAAAAGGCAAUGUAGUGACCUUCAGUCUGUACCCUUUGACCUUAAUGUGACCACUUUGACCCAUCUGGCAUUACAUGAGCCUCACCCCACGUGCCUGGCCAAGGUUCUGCAAGUUCUCUCAGUCCUGCCCCUGUCCUCUCUCUUGCCAUGGUGGGAUGGGAGUAUGUCUCUGAAUGACGAGGAAGCCCUAGAACACCUCCUUUCUGUGGCUGAGAAAUCCUCACACAGCUUGGAGCUGCACUGUGCUGCCCUCUCCUUGGCCUCUCGACUUAUGGUACACCUAGCUGAAAAGAAGCCGCAGGAGGAGCUGGGUGAGGGUGCAGAGGUGCAUGUGGCCGUCUGGGGAGCGAUGGUGACAAAGUGCUGUAGUGAGGAACAGCCAUUGGAGGUCAAACUGACCGCUGCCGAUGUGCUAGUCAAGGCCACGCCCAUUCUGCUGACCGCUUUGACUCUUCCUCUGGGUGUCAAACACACCCUGUUGCUGUGGCAGAAUCUCUUUACCUUGCUGCAGGAUGAAGACCUGGAUGUGCGAGACAGAGCUGCUGAUUUCAUCUGUUAUGUGCCAAAACACCUUCUCACAACAGGUGUCGUCAGAGGACCUGUUUCUCCCCCUGUUGCUCUAGAGAUGGGUGUGGGCCUUUUGUGCCAGCUGUUCCAGGUGUGGGGCCAGGUGGCUGUGGGCAUGAUAACCUUGACUGAGUGGCUGUUGGGAGAUGAUAAGGCAGAGCUGGGCAGUGAAGAGACACUUGACUUGGAUGAAGAGUUCCUUUUUGAGAAGGGAGACCUGAACCUAUGGGUGGAGCCUCUGCAGUGGGCGCGGCUAUUGCACACACACCUGUGUGCCCUCUCCACAGUGCCAAGCGCACCUGCUAUCUGUCCAGCAGAACUGGCCCGCCUGUCCACCAUAGUAGACGCCAACACACAGUCAGCUGAACGGGCGCUUACCGCCCUCCCUGCACUGCCCCAGUUCUCCGCCACUAUAGAGCAUGCUAAACUAACUGUGCUGAAAGAACGAGCCACGUUAGCUCAGAACGUGCUCACUGCAUUGAAUCGAAUGGACUGUAGCUAAUGGGCUUUCACCCCCCUCUCUGUCAUAGUUAACAAAUUCUAGUAACUGAAAUAAAAGACAAUUUCUUGAAAUAAAAAUGGAAAGAACAGUCAGGGCAUUUUAGAGGAGCUCACAGGGACACAAGGACCUUUUGACCAGUGACCGCAUUACCGGUUUAAUGUUCCGGCCAAGAGCAGCUGAUGUCACGCAAAUCCAUUUUCUCUGUGACUGUGUACAAAUAUUAUGAUUAUUUUAUAAUUUCCUCCCUGUCUUUGAAGGAGUUUUAUUUCUUCAAGACCAGCCCGGAUCAGGACUGUAAACAUUGUUUUAGCAUAUUAUGAAUUCAUUUAAAAUGUGUGGUGGAUUGCGUGCUUUGUUAAAAAGUGGAAUUAUGUGCAGGCAUGAUGCCACACACUGUUUUUCAUCAAAAUAAAAAGACUGGUUUUAUUACAUUCA